AUGGGAUCGCUGAGCGACGGUGCGUCCGUCCCGCCGCCGGCGCCGCGCGACCUGGUGACGACCCAGGUCAGCCUCGGCGGCUUCGACGGCAGCGUCACCGCGCCCCAACUUGCUGCUUUCCUCGAGGGCGAGGCCGGCCUGGUCUGGCGAUGCCGCGUCAAGAGUUCCUGGACCCCGCCGGACUCCUACCCCGACUUCCUCCACCCCACCGCCACUUCCGCUUCCGCUUCCGCGACGCCGCCCUACGACCGCGUGCCCCCUCACGCCUUCGUCCACUUCGCGCGCCCGGAGGCCGCGCGCCGCGCCACCAACGCGGUGGGCAAAUCUGAGCUUAUCCUCGCCGGGAAGCCCCUCCGCAUCGCCACCGCGCUCGACAGCUCCCUCCGUGCCUUCCGCCGCCACACCACCGAUCCCUUCCGUUUCCCCGACGCGCGCCUGGAGAUUGGCGCGCUCCCCGCGCACGACACCUUCCUCGCCGCCUGGCGCGGACCGGCCCAAGGCCUCGACUUUAUGGUCGACCCCUUCGAUGCCUGCUGCCGGCUCGUCUUCUCCCGUCACAUCGCCUUCGCCUUCCCCGGAUACCGCGAGGUCGCUGUCAUGCACUGCGAUGUUAAGCUCGAGUUCUCCCUACGCGACAUCUCCCAGGUCAGGGUGUACAGGAACGACUGUUCGCUGCUCCUCCGCCUGGCGGCCGCGCCCAUGGUGUACUAUCGCACGGCUGAUGAUGACAUCCACGUCUCGGUGCCCUUCGACUUGCUCGAUGAUGAUGACCCGUGGAUACGGACCGGCGACAUCACCCCAAGCGGUGCCAUUGGCCGCUGUGUGGUGUACAGAAUCAAAAUCUCGCCACGGAAGCUCACAAAGAUGGACAAGGCACUUGAAUACCUCAAGGGACGGAGGGUGCCGGUCAUGGACUGCACCGAGUGGUCAGGGCCCAGGCGGGGUCUCAAGGUACGCGAUGAGCCAGAGUUCGAGGAGCCAAUGCAGGACCUCUUCUUCUGUUUACAGCAUGCCCACGGCCUCAACUUUCCCGUGCUAUUCCUCGUCAAUACUUUGGUGCACAAGGGGAUCAUUAGUGAGCACCAGCUCACUCCCGAGUUUCUCAAUUUGCUGAGGGCAAGAGAUGAUCAGGUCAAUGUCGCCGCAUUGAAGGAUUUUUGGGGGGACAGGUUCCCAGUGUUUGAUGCGUGCCGGAGGCUGAGCAAGGCGCAUGAUAGGGUCGUCAGGAACCCUAAACUUCUCCGCAGUGGGAGGGCUGGGGAUGUAGUCAAUGUGGAGGUGCGGCGGCUCGUCAUCACGCCGACAAGGGCUUAUUGUUUACCACCAGAAGUAGAGCUCUCAAACCGUGUCAUACGGCACUACUACCAGGUAGCUGAUAGAUUCCUGAGAGUCACUUUUAUGGAUGAGGGGAUGCAGCCGUUGAACAACAAUGUGCUCAACUUCUAUGCGGCGCCUAUCGUCAGGGACUUGAUGUCAAACUCAUUCCAGCAGAAGACAACAGUGUACAAGCGUGUCAAGACGUUUCUAACAGAAGGUUUCCACUUGUGUGGCAGGAAGUAUUCAUUUCUUGCAUUCUCAUCGAACCAGCUAAGGGAUAGGUCAGCUUGGUUUUUCGCUGACGACAGCAAGACAACGGUGGAGAGCAUUAGGAAGUGGAUGGGACGCUUUACGAGCAAGAACGUAGCAAAGCACGCCGCUCGAAUGGGCCAGUGCUUCUCAUCUACAUAUGCCACGGUAAUGGUGAAGCCGCACGAGGUCAAUGAGAAUCUUGAGGAUGUUGAGCGUAAUUCAUAUACUUUUUCUGAUGGCAUUGGCAAGAUUACACCCGACCUUGCAAUGGAAGUCGCCGAGAGGCUGCAGCUUACAGAUACUCCCCCAUCUGCUUAUCAGAUCAGGUAUGCAGGCUUCAAGGGUGUUAUAGCAGUCUGGCAAGGACAUGGCGACGAUGGGAUACGACUCUCCCUAAGGCCAAGUAUGAGGAAGUUUGAGUCUAACCAUUCUGUCUUGGAGGUGGUUGGCUGGACAAGGUUCCAGCCAGGAUUCUUGAACCGUCAGAUUAUACUGUUGCUGUCAUCCUUGGAAGUCUCAGAUGAUAUCUUUUCACAGAUGCAGGAGUCCAUGCUUUGUAAUCUCAACAAGAUUUUGUCAGAUAGUGAUGUUGCCUUUGAGGUUGUAACAACCUCUUGUGCCGAGAAUGGAAACACCGCAGCGCUGAUGCUGAGGGCCGGCUUUGGUCCUGGAACUGAGCCACACUUGAGAGCAAUGCUCUUGGCAAUAAGGUCUGCACAGUUGAUGGAUCUUUUAGAAAAAACAAGGAUCUUUGUGCCAAAGGGUCGGUGGUUGAUGGGCUGCCUUGAUGAGCUUGCUGUCCUUGAACAAGGGCAGUGCUUUAUUCAGGCGUCAGCUCCAUCUCUUGAUCAAUGUUUUAUGAAGCAUGGUUCAAGAUUCUCUGCAGCAAACAAAAGCACAGUCGUAGGUACAGUGGUGGUAGCAAAAAACCCAUGCCUUCAUCCAGGGGAUAUCCGAAUCCUUGAAGCGGUUGAUGUGCCUGAGCUGCAUCACCUGGUUGAUUGCUUGGUUUUCCCACAAAAUGGUGAGAGGCCACAUCCCAAUGAAGCAUCAGGAAGUGAUCUUGAUGGGGAUCUCUACUUCGUGACAUGGGACGAGAAACUUAUACCUCCAGGAAAGAAGAGCUGGAACCCCAUGGACUACUCCCCACCUGAAGCUAAACAGCUGCCACGGCAAGUAUCUCAAAAAGAUAUUGUUGAUUUCUUCUUGAAGAACAUGGUAAGUGAGAAUCUUGGUUUGAUCUGCAACGCUCAUGUUGUUCAUGCUGACCUUAGUGAGUAUGGAGCAAAGGAUGAGAAGUGCAUUCGCUUAGCUGAACUAGCUGCGACUGCUGUGGACUUCCCCAAGACGGGGAAACUUGUGGUGAUGCCAUCAGAACUUCGACCAAAAAUCUACCCUGACUUCAUGUUGAAGGAAGAUUCAAAAUCGUAUAAAUCGGAGAAGAUUCUUGGAAGGCUUUAUCGGUCUAUUCGGGACGCCUCUGGUGGUGAUUUUGUGUCAGAAGAAGCUUGCACCUCAAAUGAUGUGCCUUAUGACACUGAUCUGGAAGUUCCGGGUGCAUCAGAUUUCCUUGUAGAUGCAUGGCAAUGCAAGUGCUCGUAUGAAGCACAGCUGAACGCAUUGCUUAACCAAUACAGGGUCCGCACCGAAGCAGAGCUUGUGACAGGGCAUAUGUGGUCCCUUACCAAGACCAACAGCAGGAAGCAGGGGGAGAUAAAGGAGAAGCUCAAGAAUGCGUACAAUGCAUUCAAGAAGGAGUACCGAUCUAUUUUUGAAAGCAUCACAUCAGAUGAGUGUGAAAUCUCUGAUGAUGAGAAGAAACAUGUGUACGAGAUGAAGGCAUCGGCGUGGUACCAGGUAACCUAUCACCCAAAAUGGAUCGAGAAAUCGAGGGCAAUGCUGGAUCCAGAUGGUGAAGAAAUGCCGGUAAAGCUUAGCUUUGCAUGGGUGGCGGUGGAUUACUUGGUGCGGAUAAAGCUCAGGUGCCAUGGAGAAGUGAAAAUUGAAGGCCAGAGGCCUGCUGAAAGACUGGCGGCCUACAUUUCUGAGAGGAUAUGAGGACCGAUCUCCCUAGUCCCAUGCAAGAUUGCUGCAAGACCACUCUGCCAACUUGUUUUCACAAUGCCGUUUGCCAUUCUUUCUGGCCUAUAAUGGAUUGCGCUGUGAUAGACGGCUGUUUUGUUGUGAAACUAAUGCUGUCUACAGUAUACGAUAAUAUUUUGCAUUUGGAAUAAAGUUGAGCUUAGCCGUUUUGUUUGUA